AUGGACGAGAAGAGCGCAAUGGAAAAAAGGUAUGGCAGAAAGUCGCCUCUUCCAUUGGACCAGAAAAAGCACGAUUCAUCAUUCACCGCGCCCUCAGAUAUAUCUCGGCUCCGUUCCCGGCCGGUUGUCUACAUUACUGCUAUCAUCUUCGCCUUCCUCAUCAUCACAUAUGGCUUGCCCGUUCGACUUUCAAUAUUCAACCCACAGGGUUCCCCUGAAACUAUUAGGACGCAGCCUGCCCAUGCUAAGUCAAAUCGAACUGGUCUUGUGCCGCUCGAAGCACAUGUUAUGUCUAAGUGUCCAGACGCAAAACAAUGCCUUGAGGAGCUUGUUGUCCCCGCUAUGGAGCAAGUCGUUGAUAUGGUCAACUUUCGUCUUUCAUACAUUGGCAGCGUCGAUGACAAUGACACUCUCCACUGCAUGCACGGCCAAACGGAAUGCUUGGGCAAUAUGCUUUCUCUGUGUGCCAGUAACCUUUUCCCAAACAACGCCAAGAUUUCGCUGGGUUUCAGUACCUGUCUGAUCAUGUCCUAUAAACGCAUUCCAUCGCGAGACCUUGUCCAGACCUGUGCCUUGGAACACGGCAUUUCUUUCGAAGCCCUGAACGACUGCGUCAGCGAGGAGGGCAAAGGACUUGACCUGCUGGAGGCCAGCAUCAAAAGAAGCCAGGAGGCAGGUGUCAAGAAGAGCUGCACAGUGCGGGUUGCAGAAGAGAUUUGGUGCAUAAUGGAUGAUGGAAAAUGGACAGACUGUAAAGCAGGACACGAAGUCAAAGAUUUGGUAAAGGAGAUUGAAUCGCGCUACAAACCGAAUGCAACUGGCUAG